GCCCCGAGUUCCUCCGUGCAGGGGAGGGGGCCUAGGUGCCGCCCGCGUCUAUUUUCUCAACCCCAAUUUGGGAGUUGGUGUCAGGUUCCCGCUGAGGGCGGGGCAGGGGCGGCCAGCCUGAAGGACGCGGGGACACUGGCCAGAGUGGCCCCGCACGCAGACAGGAAGGAGUGAGCCCGAGCUGUGCUGUGCCGGCCAGCCCCCAGGAUGGCGGAAGCGCACCAGGCUGUGGCCUUCCAGUUCACCGUGACCCCAGAUGGGGUUGACUUCCGGCUCAGUCGGGAGGCCCUGAAACACAUCUAUGUGUCCGGGAUCAACUCCUGGAAGAAACGCCUGAUCCGCAUCAAGAACGGCAUCCUUAGGGGUGUGUAUCCUGGCAGCCCUACCAGCUGGCUGGCCGUCGUCAUGGCAACCGUGGGUUCUUCCUACUGCAAUGUGGACGUCUCCAAGGGGCUGAUCUGUUAUAUCCAGAGGCACCUCCCUCAGGGACACGGCCCCUACCAGAACCCCCAGACGCGGGCGCUGGUCAGCAUGGCCGUCUUUUCCACGGGGGUCUGGAUGACAGGCAUCUUCUUCUUCCGCCAAACCCUGAAGCUGCUGCUUUCCUACCACGGCUGGAUGUUUGAGAUGCACGGCCAGACCAGCCGCGUCACCAAAGCCUGGGCUAUGUGCGUCCGCCUUCUGUCCAGCGGGCGGCCCAUGCUGUACAGCUUCCAGACGUCCCUGCCCAAGCUUCCCGUGCCCAGCGUGCCGGCCACGAUUCAGCGGUACCUAGAGUCCGUGCGGCCCUUGUUGGAUGACAAGCAGUAUCACCGCAUGGAGACGCUGGCCAAGGAAUUCCAGGACAAGACUGCCCCCAGGCUGCAGAAGUACCUGGUACUCAAGUCGUGGUGGGCAGCUAACUAUGUGAGUGACUGGUGGGAAGAGUACAUCUACCUUCGAGGCAGGACGCCCAUCAUGGUGAACAGCAACUAUUACGUCACGGACUUUGUGCUCAUCAAGAACACAGACGUGCAGGCCGCCCGCUUGGGAAACGUCGUUCACGCCAUGAUCACGUACCGCCGGAAACUGGACCGUGAGGACAUCAAGCCUGUGAUGGCGCUGGGCAUCGUGCCCAUGUGCUCCUACCAGAUGGAGAGAAUGUUCAACACCACUCGGAUCCCGGGCAAGGAGACAGACGUGCUGCAGCACCUUGCAGAGAGCAGGCACGUGGCCGUCUACCACAAGGGCCGCUUCUUCAAGGUGUGGCUCUACGACGGCUCCCGCCUGCUCCAGCCCCGGGAGCUGGAGCUGCAGUUCCAGAGGAUUCUGGAUGACCCGUCCCCGCCCCAGCCCGGGGAGGAGAAGCUGGCAGCCCUCACUGCGGGCGGAAGAGUGGAGUGGGCGCAGGCGCGCCAGACCUUCUUCAGCUCUGGCAAGAACAGGGCUGCUCUGGAUGCCAUUGAGCGCGCUGCCUUCUUCGUGGCCCUGGACGAGGAGUCUCACUGCUACGACCCCGGGGACGAGGCCAGCCUCAGCCUCUACGGCAAGGCCUUGCUGCACGGCAACUGCUACAACAGGUGGUUUGACAAGUCCUUCACCCUCGUCGCCUUCAAGAACGGCCAGUUGGGCCUCAACACGGAGCACUCGUGGGCAGACGCCCCUAUCGUAGGGCACCUCUGGGAGUUUGUCCUGGGCACCGACAUCUUCCACCUGGGCUACACGGAGACAGGGCAUUGCCUGGGCAACCCGAACCCCAUGCUGCCACCUCCUCAGCGGCUGCAGUGGGACAUUCCCGAGCGGUGCCAGGCAGCCAUCGAGAGCUCCUACCAGGUGGCCAAGGCGCUGGCAGACGAUGUGGAGCUGUAUUGCUUCCAGUUCCUGCCCUUCGGCAAAGGCCUCAUCAAGAAGUGCCGGACCAGCCCGGACGCCUUCGUGCAGAUUGCGCUGCAGCUGGCGCACUUCCGGGACAGGGGCAGGUUCUGCCUGACCUACGAAGCCUCCAUGACGAGACUGUUCCGGGAAGGGCGGACUGAGACUGUGCGUUCCUGCACCACCGAGUCCACAGCCUUCGUCCGGGCCUUGGUGCAGGGGUCCCACACGAGAGCAGACCUCCAGAAACUCUUCCGGAAAGCCUCUGAGAAGCACCAGAGCAUGUACCGCCUGGCCAUGACAGGGGCGGGCAUCGACAGGCACCUCUUCUGCCUUUACGUGGUCUCCAAGUACCUGGGCGUCAGCUCCCCCUUCCUGGCAGAGGUGCUCUCGGAACCCUGGCGCCUCUCUACCAGCCAGACCGCCCAAUUCCAGAUCCGCAUGUUUGACCCAAACAAGUACCCCAAUCACCUGGCUGCUGGCGGAGGCUUUGGCCCUGUGGCGGAUGACGGCUACGGGGUCUCCUACAUGAUCGCAGGCGAGAACACCAUCUUCUUCCACGUCUCCAGCAAGUUCUCCAGCUCAGAGACGAAUGCCCAGCGCUUUGGGAACCACAUCCGCCAAGCUCUGCUGGACAUCGCUGAUCUUUUCCAAGUUAAGGCCAACAGCUGAAGGCUGGGGAAGGCCAGCUCCCCUUUCAUCCCUGUGUGUGGAGGAAUGGGCCUGUGGUCAGCUCGCAGGCCCCGGGGGUGACCACGCACAGGUGCCCAGGCUCCAAGGACAGCGCUGGCAGCAGGUGCUCCCCAGCCGACGCUGCUCCCCGAGGCCCAUCUGGUGGAGGUGGGAUUGGAGCAGGGAGGGAAUUUUGAUUUUUUUUCUCGCUAGAUACUAAUAAACAUAAGGCUGUGUAAUU